GUCAUGAUGAACCUCGACGAGGGCAAGGUGGCGAUCUACAAUUCCAGCUCGUCAUCCUACUUGAUCAGUGUUUGUUCCGUCGCCCAGGUGCUGAUUUCGCUGCUCCCAAACGACGCGAGACCGAGACCACGAGUGCAAACGUACGAGCCUGGCCUAGGAGUCCAAGUGGACAGCUACAACUGUGGCGUCUACGUUCUACUCGCGUUUGAAAUAUCAUGCGGGGCCCAGCUGCUUGGGCAUCUCGACAAGAAGGCGCUGCAAUACCUUCGCUACCGCUACCUUUGUAUGUGCAUGGAUUAAUUGGUGGUAGUCGCUAAGCUCACAAAGCUAAAUUUAUUAGUUCAUAUGAAGUCUUGAAUCUUCACGCUCUCUCCGAAGGUGGUGGAUUUCGGAUUGGAG